GCUUGUGCUUCACUCGUUCGGUGACGGUCUCGUUAUUUCGGUCGUGAUUUAACCGGUUACGUUACACGUGGAGCUUCGAGGGUUUCGCGAGCAUGCCGGUCAUGGCCUCAUGUUCAGAGGAGAGCAGGUUUGUGGAUGAUCUGAGGAGAAGGCGCGUGGACAUCACUCUGAUCGAUACUCGACUCCGCGGCGUGAUCCAGCGCGUCACUCAGAAGAAGAGCGUGGUCUUAGAGGACGUAUCUGAAGUGAAAAGCGGGCGGAAAUUUCCAGGCGUCAAGAUCAUUUUCGGACACGAAAUCCUAAAAGUGGAAUUCACGGUUUCUGCCGAUCCAGAGAAUGUUCAUGAGGAGCAGCGAGUCCAGAUGCACUGCUUCAGGAAGAGGACCGCAGAUGAUGUGCUUGAGGACGGUGUGCGCUCUGUGCUGAUAGACGAGCUUCACGAGAAGUUUGGCCCAGCAGUCAUGCACAUCCAAGAACAGAAAGUGAUCGGCAUCGGUGCCGAAGUGUUUGGACCGAUUGCACAAGAGAGACUUUGCUGGUUGCAGGUUGCCACUAAGAAGGUGGUGUACCUGUUUGAUAUCCUCCUGCUCGGCGGACAAGCUUUUAAGAACGGCCUGUCCAUGAUCCUGGAGAACCGGCACAUCCUGAAGGUGGUUCAUGACUGCCGCUGCGUCUCCCGGUGUCUGAGAGCAGAGUUCAGAGUCCACCUCACCAACGUCUUUGACACACAGGUGGCUGACCUCAUGCUCUUCUACAACGAGACCGGAGGCUUCCUGCCGGACCGGGUCAGCUCUCUCCAGGAGGUGCUCAGACUCCACCUCAAACUCCCCCCCACUGACCUCUCACCCCUGUGCUCCAAAGAGCUCCACCGCAAGGAGUGUCCUGAGGUGUGGUACAUCCGUCCCUCUCCACCUGCUCUGAUGACCGUCAUGACCGCUUCUGUCCGUCAUCUUCUCCCGCUGCGCCUCGUGCUUCUGGACGCUCUGAUGUCAGAUUACACUAUUCUGGUAGAUGCGUAUAUGAGCAGCUACCACAACCAGUCUGUUCACAUUGAGCAGAGCGAGUGGACGCUGCCGGCAGAAGCACAGGAGCUGUUAUCUGUGAGGCAGGAGCGCAUGGACUGGGCCACUGGACGAUACGCUCUGACCGAGGACGGCCUUCUCAAGCGCUCCAGCUUCAACACACAGACCCGCUCUACCUCUGACACCAGAUGAAGCGCUGUCCAUACUUCACCUAGUUACGUUA